UCCUAAAGAAGGACCAGAGGAUUUCCAAGCCAAAAAUGAAAAAGAUUUGUUUUCAUUAAAAAGAGAAUGUGGUUCAGGAUGAAUGAGAUUUUCCCUGCUAGGAUUCUCUUGAUAGUUUAUCUACUAUCAUGUCAGGAUACAGUUUCAGCACACAUUAAACUAAAAGGAUUGUCUUCCCAGAGAUUAAGAAGACAAGCUGGAACUCCCACACCAGUUGACUGUCAGCUGGCCCAGUGGUCAGAAUGGACUGGAUGUUUUCCUUGUCAAGAAAGAAAACACAGAUAUAGAGCUUUUCUAAAUCCAGCCAAAUAUAAUGGGAGAAUUUGUACUGGCAGUCUUUGGGAAGAAGUAGCAUGCCAUCCAACAGCAAUAUGUGUCCAGAGUCAAGACUGUGGAACGAAUUUUCGGUGUAAGGAGUCUGGCCGUUGCCUUAAACGCCACCUUGUAUGCAAUGGAGAGCCAGACUGCAGAGAUGGGUCUGAUGAGGCUGAUUGUGAGGAUGCUGAAACGUUCUGCGAUGACAAUCUGUACCCAAUCCCAGGGAUCAGUAAAGCAGCUCAGGGGUACAAUAUACUUACACAAAAAAGAGUGCUGCUGGUUUAUGAUCCUACCUACUAUGGGGGCCAGUGUGAAUCGGUCUAUAAUGGAGAAUGGAAAGAGCUCAAAUACGAUGCUGCAUGUGAACGCUUGUACUACGGGGAUGAUGAGAAAUAUUUCCGAAAGCCAUACAAUGUUCACUUUUAUCAGUUUCUAGCACAUGCUGAUUCUGGCUUUUCUUCUGAGUACUACGAUGAUUCUACAGACUUACUGAAUGCCCUGAAAACAGAUUUCUCCAGAAACUUCGGUUUUACAGUUGGCAUAAGCCUACCUCCUGUGCCUGUCUCAGUGGACCUAGGUUUUAGUGCAUCACUGGAUAUAGGAACCCUGAAAAAUUUAACCCAAUAUGCAGGAAAGAAUGUAGGAUUUAUACGAGCACUUACCAAAGUACAAACAGCCCGUUUCAAGAUGAGAAGAGAUGAUAUAUUCCUGGAUGAAGACAUGCUUCAGUUUCUGAUGGAGCUUCCAGAUCAAUAUAACUAUGGAUUGUAUGCUAAGUUUAUAAAUGACUACGGCACCCACUUCAUAACAUCUGGAACAAUGGGAGGCAUCUUUGAAUACAUCCUUGUUAUCAACAAAGAUGAAAUGAGGAAAAAAGAGGUUACAAGCAGUAUGGUAAACUUCUGUAUGGGUGUAUCAGUAGGAGUUUCACUAACAAUAGAAGAGGCACUCUUAACAGUUGGGGCCAAGGCGAGCUAUGACGAUUGCUCAAAGAGUGGAGAGCGAGCACAAGAUGCUUCCAAAACGAAGUCAGUCAUAGAGGAUAUUAUUCCCCGGGUUCGUGGUGGAGAUACUAAAUCAGUCGGCAGGCUCUUGGAAAGCUGGAAUGCCAAUGCAUACCGUUACUGGGGGAGGUCAUUAAAACUUAAUCCCACUAUUAUUGAUUUUGAGAUACAACCUAUAUAUGAAAUACUGCAUAGGACCAGUCUUGCUCAUAUUGAAACCAAAAGGCAAAAUCUGAAAAGAGCUGUAAAUGAAUACUUAAAUCAAUUUAAUCCCUGCCGCUGUGGUCCUUGCCAAAACAAUGGUGAACCAAUGCUGAUUGAGUCCUCCUGUAUUUGUCAGUGUCGGCAGGGCUCAUCGGGUGCAGCAUGUGAAAAUACAAGGCGGGCAGGUCAUCCAGUACAUGGUAUGUGGACCUGCUGGACACCAUGGACACCCUGUCAAUCUCAGUCUCGAAGGCGAACAAGGCAGUGUACCAACCCUGCUCCUCAAAAUGGUGGAUCUUUGUGUGCAGGCAGAAGUGUACAAAUGGAGGCAUGUUAACAACUUGGCAUGAUUGGAUUGGUGGGCUGUGGUGCCAAAUAAAAAUAAAUUGUG